UAGAUUGUGGCAUAGCGGCGUGUAAACGUGUCAAACCACGUAUUCACAUAUAAAUGUAUUGAACUGUAUAUGUUAUAAAAUAAUUCUUUAAGAUGAUCACGGAUGUACAACUGGCUGUAUUCUGUAACAUCCUCGGAGCUACGUUAUUUUGCUUAGUAUUUCUUUUCCACUACAUAAAUGCAAAUUAUUCGAAAUAAAAAUAUACGAUGAUUGUCUUAACAUAACCUGCACCAUGUCACGAGAAAGUUUUACAAAUGGAGUUACGCAGCUAUAUGUUGUAUUUCAUACUGUUGAAUAGAUAUCACCGAAAAUAAAUGCAUUUACAUUCAUAAA